AUGGACCUGCUCCAGUCGGACAUUGCGGAGGCGGCUUACCCUUCAUACGCAACCCAAACGGCUGCUGUAGGAGGCAUGGACAUGGAAUCAUCGAACGGCAAUGCUACUGCCUCCACUGGGCCGUUUGUGAGGGUGGAUGAUGCUCCGAAAUUCGAACUUGACUCAUAUAUCGCAAACUAUACCGGCCGGACCAGAUUUAACCGCUUGUAUCUCAUCGGAACCUGCUCCACGUACCUUUCCGUCGAAGCUCUCAAAGCCGCGGUCAUCGAGGCGAAAUCCGGAAAAGAUCUUUCUCGAUAUGAGCGCGCUGUCCAAGCACUGGCUGAAGUCGCUCCGGGCGAGGCUGAAGCUGUCUUUGACGGAGACUGGGCCGACCGGUUACAGAAAGUCGUGAAGUCCGAGACGGACCGAUUAGAACAUGAGCUUAGGGGAUAUAAAAAUAAUCUUAUCAAAGAGAGCAUACGGAUGGGAAAUGAAGAUCUCGGACAGCAUUAUCAUCAAACCGGCGAGCUGGGAUCUGCAUUCAAGGCUUAUUCGCGCAUGAGAGAUUUCUGCACAACGACUAGCCACAUUGCGUCAAUGCUAUUCAAGAUUAUCAGUGUGUCGAUUGAACGUGCAGAUUGGCUGAGCGUACAAUCCAACGUGCAUCGACUACGAGGUCUACAAUCGAAACCGGACGACGAACAGGCUAAGAACGCACCGAAGAUAUCGGCUGCCUUGGGCCUAGCACAGCUCAACUCUGGCAGCUACUUAGAAGCAGCGACCAGCUUCUUGGCGACGGAACCAACCUUAGGAGACUCCUACAACGAAGUUUUGUCGUCAAACGACGUUGCAGUCUACGGUGGUCUCUGUGCUUUGGCCUCGAUGGACCGCAACGAGCUCCAACGUCGUGUCCUAGACAACAAUACCUUCCGCAAUUUCCUAGAACUAGAACCUCACAUUCGCCGCGCCAUCUCCUUCUUCUGCAACUCCAAGUUUAGACCAUGCCUGGAAAUCCUGGAAGCUUAUCGGGCGGACUACCUACUCGACAUCCACCUCCAACGCCACGUUCAGACCCUAUACACCCGUAUCCGUACAAAGUCCAUCCAACAAUACCUCGUUCCCUUCAACCGGGUCUCUCUACAAUCCAUGGCGAAGAUAUUUGUGCUCGAAACUCCCGCCAACCAAUCUAAUCCAACAGACUUAAAAUCCGCCUUUGUCCAGGAACUCAUCGGGCUAAUCCAAGAUGGCACGCUCGACUCACGCAUCGACCUCGAAAAACAUGUCCUAGUAUCGAACCAUGGCGACAAACGCAUAGAACUGCAAGAAGCAGCCCUUGGCAGUCUGCAAAACUACGUCAACGAAGCACACCUUCGACUCCUGCGCGCGAACGUCGUCAGCGCCGGACUGGAGGUACGACCACUUGCAGAUGACAGACGCGCAAAGAUUGAAGAACGAGGCGGAAAGAGAAGUACGAUCGGGAACCUCUUCUCCCGGGUUCCGGGGAUGAAGCCUUAA